GUACCGUCGCAGCUUCAACUCUGAGUUCACCGCUCCUCUGGUCAUGUACCACGUGUGGCCGGCCUUGACCCAAGGAAACACUGUGGUUGUGAAAGGCGAGGCUGUGACCAGGAGAGGAGCUCCGUGGAGAAGAUGCAGGAGCAGGAGUGUCAGCCCUGUACGCUCUCGGUCCCUCAGCCCGACUUACAGUCUUAAAGUGAGCAGUAAAAGAAGCCUGUCUCCUGAGCCCCUCACAUCGAGCCACCUGUAAGUCUCGGCCCACCUGGACUGUCAACAAUUAAAGAAAUUCUUUUUGUUCGUCAUACAAACC